AUGGCAGACUUUGGCGAGUACCCGCCAAAUAUGGCGCCGCAAGAUGCGCUCAUUGUCCGAGAACAAGCCGAGCCCGACCACGCUGUAGUGCCUUAUACAGCUGAAGACCUGUCGCGCCCCAAAGCUGGUCCUGCAAACCCAUUCAAGGACGAGGCGAACGCCCUGAAACGCAAGAACGUCUUGACCGGCCACGCAGAAGAGACUUUUCUGAGCGAACACACAUUUCGAAGCAAGCACCGCGCUGUAGAGCGACGGGGAGGCCCGGAGAGAGAGUACCAGACCAACGCAGAACUGAAGGCAGAGGCUGCGAGGAUACGGGCGACACGAGAGAGCAAGGGCAGCGCGACGAUUGCUGAGGGGCCUGGCUCCUAUGUUGGACCAUGGGCCAGGUAUAAGCGACCCGAGUACGAGGUUGUGGGAGAGGACGAGGAGCUCGCGAGCGACGAAGAGUAUGAGAUUGUGGAAGAGGAGGAAGAAGUCGUCGAGAGUGGAACAGUGGUCAAGGCGCCGGCCAAGGCGCUGGAGCGAAGAAAGGAGGCCGAAGAGAUGGGCGAUGAGACGACGACAUUCCACGGAUCCGCCGAGUACGACUACCAGGGCCGGACAUACAUGCACGUUCCCCAGGAUCUGGACAUCGAUCUUCGGAAAGAGGUGGGAAGCAUCACCAAUUACAUCCCCAAGAAGCAGAUUCACGCCUGGAAGAACCAUUCCAAGGCAGUCACCGCACUACGCUUCCUCCCUGGCUCGGGGCACUUGCUGCUAUCUGCUAGUGCUGAUACCACCGUCAAGAUCUUUGACGUGUAUCACGAGCGGGAGCUGCUACGGACGUACUCUGGACACUCCAAGGCUCUUUCCGACAUUUGCUUCAAUACUUCGGGCACUCAGUUCUUGUCCUCGUCCUACGAUCGCAUGAUCAAGCUUUGGGAUACUGAGAAGGGCGUCUGCAUCAGCAAAUUCACGACUGGCAAGACGCCUCAUGUCAUCAAGUUCAACCCUGAUCCCGAGCACGCCAAUGAGUUCCUGGCGGGUAUGUCGGACAAGAAGAUUGUCCAGUUCGAUAUCCGCACACCCAACGAGGUGGUUCAGGAAUACGAUCAUCACUUGGCGGCUAUCAACACCAUCACCUUUGUUGACGAGAAUCGUCGUUUCAUGACGACAUCCGACGACAAGUCACUUCGUGCAUGGGACUACAACAUCCCCGUACCUAUCAAGUACAUCGCCGAGCCGGACAUGUAUCCCAUGACCCGCGCAGCGCCUCACCCAAGUGGCAAGUAUGUCGCCUACCAGAGUUCUGAUAACCAGAUCCUGGUCUACGGCGCCAACGACCGCUUCCGCCAGAACCGCAAGAAGAGCUACCGCGGACACAACAACGCCGGUCUGGGCAUCGACCUCGACUGCAGUCCCGAUGGGCAGUUCCUUGCCUCUGGUGACUCUGGCGGUUAUGUGUGCUUCUGGGACUGGAAGACAUGCAAGAUGUACCACAAGCUCAAGGCGGGCAACCAAGCCAUCACAUGCGUCAAGUGGCAUCCUCAGGAGACGAGCAAGGUGGUUACGGCGGGUCUAGAUGGUGAGAUUAGGUAUUGGGAUUAA